ACUCACUCUUUCUUCAUCGUCUCUCUCUCUCUCUCUCCGAUUUCCAACGACGCCGAAUCCCUCCGCUAAAAUGGCGUCUCGCAUCGGCGCGUACCCAUGCGCCGCCAUUCUCCUCCACCGGAAGCACAACCGUGCUCUCGCUCCGAUGCCGGAGCCGGCGACGCAGUUUGGGAGAGGAAGAAGCGCAAGGAACGGGCAGGGGCUGGGGAUGAGAGUUAGGGUUUCCGAUGGCGGAGAUUCUUACCUCGAUAUGUGGAAGAAGGCGGUUGAUAAGGAUAGGAAGUCUCUGGAGUUUCAGAAGAUCGUCGAGAACUUGGAAGUCGAUGCGAUCGGCGGCGGUGGCGGUGUUGAGGGAUUGGAGAGGAAGAGUGAGGAGUUCCAGAAGAUUCUGGAGGUUCCGAAGGAGGAGAGAGACCGCAUUCAGAAACUGCAGGUUAUUGACAGAGCGGCGGCGGCGAUCGCGGCGGCUCGCGCAGUUCUGGAGGAGAAGAAGCCAGAGGGAGAGCUGGAUUCUGGUGAGUCGGAGUCUUUGGGAAUUGGGGGAACUAAGACUUCGCAAGAAGGAAGGAAAAGUUGGAGCAAACUUGUGGUCCUAUCUGAACCUUCAAAAAAUGGAAUCCCAGGUCCAGAUUUUUGGUCCUGGGUUCCCCCUCAGAGUGAUGAUAGAAGUUCAGAUGAUGUGGGUGACUUACUGACAACAACACAAUCAUCAGUUAAUCCUAUUCCAAUCAACCCAGUGGUGGAGAAAGAACGCUCCAUAGAUUCUCUCUCAAUUCCAUUUGAAAGCAAACUUAAUAAAACCAACUACCCACCUUUACCCCCUCUACAGUCACUGAUGGAAGUUCAGAAAGAACAAGUCUCCGAAUCCAGCGUAGAAAUACCUUCCUUGAAAGAGGAUCACGAACUUGGUCUUGAAUCAUCAGUUCAUGCAGCUGAAGUAGCUCGUGCUCUUGAGCAGGUGGAUGAGACAUCACCCUAUGGAGUGACUGAAGAUGGUACAAGGUGGUGGAAAGAGACUGGAAUUGAAAGAAGACCUGAUGGUGUGAUUUGCAGAUGGACCAUGAACAGGGGUGUUAGUGCUGACCAAACUACUGAGUGGCAAGAGAAGUUCUGGGAGGCUUCCGAUGAUUUUGGAUACAAGGAACUCGGUUCAGAAAAAUCAGGACGUGAUGCAACUGGAAAUGUCUGGCAUGAAUAUUGGAGAGAAUCUAUGGGGCAGGAGAAUGGGCUUUUGAAUAUUGAGAAAACUGCAGACAAGUGGGGAAAGAACGGUAAUGGAGAUGAGUGGCAUGAGAAAUGGUGGGAGCGUUAUAAUGCUUCUGGCGAAGCUGAGAAAUGGGCCCACAAAUGGUGUAGUAUCGAUCCAAACACACAACUUGAAGCUGGUCAUGCUCAUAUUUGGCAUGAAAGGUGGGGUGAGAAGUAUGAUGGACAUGGAGGCAGCACAAAAUACACCGACAAAUGGGCUGAGCGCUCUGAGGGUGAUGGUUGGACCAAAUGGGGAGACAAAUGGGAUGAAGAUUUUGAUCCAAACGGUCAUGGUGUGAAGCAGGGCGAAACAUGGUGGGCAGGAAAGUUUGGAGAGCGGUGGAAUCGAACAUGGGGCGAGCACCACAACGGUUCUGGUUGGCUUCAUAAGUAUGGGAAGAGUAGCAGCGGUGAGCACUGGGACACACACGUUCAGCAAGAGACUUGGUAUGAGAGGUUUCCUCACUUCGGUUUCUAUCACUGCUACGACAACUCAGUCCAGCUCCGGGAGGUUCCUAAGCCAUCCGAGAUGCCCUAAAUCAGAGCUUGAUUCUCUAAUGCAUAACAGAAGCCGUAUAUAUAUACAUAGAAUAUUGCGUUACUUGAGUCAUAUAUAGAUCCCUUUACCUGAAUGCUGUUAAACAGGUGGGCAUAGCUUACAGUUGAAGUUCCUAUUAAAUAAAGGUGUGUUGAUUGCUUGUUCUGUCGACCAUUGAGAAAUGUAAAACGUGUAUUGAGUUUAUUAAUUCAUCUGGCAUAAGAAUUAAGAAGCCUGAGGUAGGAAUAGGAUCAUGUACUAGUGUGCUUUUAAACAUGGUUGUGGUAUGGGCUCAAAAGCCAUCUUUCGUUGUUCUUGUUCCUUUUUAUUUGUUUAAACUUAUAUUAAAAGUGCGGUUAAUAGCUUAAAAAUC